AUGUCAUCGUGUGGCAACGCUGCGGGCGCGCCGGGAAUGAGGCGACAACAGGAUUCCGGACAACUCCAGCCGACCGCAAAGCGAAGAGCCGGGAUCCAAGUCACUGAGAGUUCCGUUGGAACCAGCAGCGUCGGCAGGUAUGAAUCAGGGAGUAGCAAGCCAGAGGGCAAAAAGAUACGCAAGGUUGCUAGCCUGAGAAAACUUGGCUCGAGCAAGAGUAGCGGUGACCUGUCUGCUCGAUUCAAGUCGGACGUUUUCACCAGGUCUGCUAUGCCCGUUGUCCCGGAUUUGUCUUCUUACCAAGCAUUCAACCUUCCGCGUCAGCAUUGUCGACUUCAAACUCGAGCUCGCUGGCAACAACUUGUCGCCCCGACUCUCGAACGAUGCAUCACGGCUGUUGCCGAAAGGGACCAUAUAUGCAACAUAGCAUCUUUGGAGCGGUCAAGGAUGUCCAUAUCUGAGCCUUUCGCGCUACCUCAGAUCCGAUACUCCUGCACUUUAUCCAGGUUCAAGCACCCUCUCGAUCCCGUGCCGAACCAGAUCCCGAUCCCGGACUUGUCUCUCGAUUCAGACGGGAGAGAGUCUAGAGUCCAGUUAGCGAAACAGGCCAACGGGAAUAUCGAUACAAUCAGCGGAAUACUGUUGAGGAUGUGGGCUCCCGGUACGAUCGCCUAUACAAAGAUAGGAUCGCAAUGGGGUAUGCGGGAGACUCACCAAUUUCCGGAUAUCGCUUCCGCGAAUCACGAUCUCGCCAUGCGUUCGAAUGGAAAAAAGGCCAUCGUUACCAUCUUCUGCCCUUCAGCGGCAAUCACCUCAUCCACCGCCUAUCUCGUCUUUGCGACGCCUGGUUUGACUAUGAAGAAAGGAAUCGAUGAAGCUGUCGAACGGUUGUUGAGGAUAAAGCCUGCAUUGGACCAACAAUUCGAGGACAGGCGAUGGGCGGAAGACUCGAUUGCCGGCGAAACAAUCGAUCCCAAGCUGGACCCUCAGGCUUGGCCUACUUUUGGCUUCGAUCUCCUCUCACCAGAAGUUUGCGGAAUGCUGGAGAUGGCAGACGAUUCAAUUCGGACUGGCGUAAUUCAUCGUGCCAGCGCUGAAGACAUGCGUCAAGUUUCAUCGAUGGCCGCAACGAUAUUCAGGCGGAACGCUGCUCUCAUGGCCGCAUCUUCUCCGGAUAUGGCGUGGCGCGUACUGCCUGAAGGGCUGCCCUUUCUGACGGCCGAAGAGGCCUAUCCCGAGGCUGAAGACCAACAGCAAGACAUGCUGACCAUAUGCGCCAUGACUUCGUCGAUCGGCGUCACAUUCACGUACACUGUCGAUGUUCAUGACAAGGUGCAUACCACCGUUCACGCGUCCAACCAAAUCCUUCGUUGCAUCGUUCGCGCUAGGUCCUGUACUGGGGAUUGA